AUGACGUGCAUUUCUCGAAACAUGGGACAAGCUUGGGCCUGGGCGCACGAUGAGUUCGACAGCAAGAACUUCAACGUGAACUUGCACGAGCCCACUUCAUUCUAUGAAAGAAACGUGAAACAGGGUGAAAGAAACGUGAAACAGGGCCGCGCCUGCAAGCUUGAGCAAGACGGGCAGAUGCUAUGCCUGCCAAGAGCAGUCGAACGUGCUAGUGCAGCGAGACCCCGGCUGUCGGCUACCCGCCGUCACCGGGGCCGCCUGGCCGCCUUGUGGUGCGUAGGUCCCGAGUGCCGGAUGCCCCGGCUGCGUCUUAGGCGUGGCGCAAGCGGUGCAGGCCUUGCCGACAGGUCUGGCACCGCCCUGGGGCAAAGUGCAGAGCAAGGGAGUGCUGAGUUCGGCUGA